AUGGCGCGGGUCCGGGUGGUGGGCGCGGGGCUGACGGGCGCGGCGGCCGCGGCGCUGCUGCGCGGGGCCCGGCGGGGACAAGUGGCCGUCUGGGACAAGGCGCGGGGCGCAGGGGGCCGCAUGAGCACGACCCGCGCCGACCGCGGCAGCGCCGACCUGGGCGCGCAGUUCGUCACCUGCGAGCCGGAGCUUGCGGGGCCGCGGCUCAGCUUCUAUGAGGAGCUUGUGUCUCAAGGCAUCCUGAAGCCACUGACCGCUCCCGUGGAAGGAAUGGUGGUGAGAGAAGGCUCCCGAAAUUACGUGGCACCCCAGGGCAUCUCCUCGGUCGUCAAGUACUAUUUAGAACAGUCAGGUGCAGAUGUGUCCUAUGAGCAGCAGGUGACUCACAUCUCCCUGCGGGAUGGGAGGUGGGAAGUCUCCAGGAAAGCGGGGCCCCCGGAACAGUUUGAUGUGGUAAUUCUCACCAUGCCUGUCCCACAGAUUCUCCAGCUGCAAGGUGACAUUGUGAACAUAAUUAAUGAAAGUCAAAAGCAGCAACUGGAAUCUGUGAGCUACUCAUCCCGCUAUGCCCUGGGACUGUUUUAUGAGGCUGGGACAGGGAUUGCUGUCCCCUGGGCUGCUCAGUACAUCACUGAUAAUCCCUGCAUACGCUUCAUCUCCAUCGAUAACAAGAAGCGCAAUAUAGAGUCUCCUGAAAUUGGGCCCUCAGUCGUGGUGCACACCACAGUGACCUUUGGAAGCGAGCACCUGGACUCAGACCCUGCAGAGGUGCAGCAGAUCAUCCUCAGCCACCUGCAGAGGAUUGUGCCCUCCCUGCCUGAACCCAGCAGCAUCAAGUGCCAGAGAUGGAGAUACUCCCAGGUUACAAGGGCUGUGCCCAAUUGUCCAGGACAGAUGAUACUUCACACUCAGCCUCUCCUGAUCUGUGGGGGUGAUGGAUUCACUCGUUCCAACUUCGAUGGCUGCAUAGAGUCUGCCAUGAGCCUUGCACAGGCUGUGAAGCCUCAUUUACAGCAAUUUCAAAGUCAGGCUGCUAAACUUCCUCUACAUUUGCUAUGAAUUUUGCUGUGAUGGAUUGAAUUUGAACAUCAUCUUACAAAAAACAAAUAAAGGAAGAUGUAUCGGUGUGCUGGAAUAAUUAUUGGGAUGGAAUUAAAUUGAA